ACGGGUGUUAAUAAAAUAGUAAUGUUUUGCGGUAGCGAUUUCAUCGAUGUCGAUGUGAUCUUCUUCAUUUGUAUUGGUUUGCUUUAAUCCAAAAGCAGAAAAAUGCUUCAGCUCAAUCUUCAGCUUCAGCAGAAGCAGUUUCUCGCAGUGCCGAAAUUCCACAGCGUCCGUCCCCACAAAGCGGCUGCGCUGCGCCCUCUUCCUCUUCAACUCAGUCGAGUUAACUUUGGAUUGUGUGCGAACUCGGUUUCCCGGUUGUUUCUCUGCCGAGCGAAGGAUAAUUCAGCUGGUGAAGCCCUAAGUUUGCUGCUGUUAUUGGAAAAGAGGGGAAAAUUUUCAUAUAAAAGUUUGAUGAUGUUUCACUUAGACAUUAUAUCACAGCUGGAACUUGGGAAGCCCGAAGAGCAAAGGAAGGUUGUGAAGCGUGUUAAUGGCAUAUUUUGGAUUCUACUUGUCAAUAUCGGGAUAUAUGUGGCCGAUCACGUGUUCCAGGUUCCGUUGAUUAAGGAACUGUAUCUGUAUCAUAAUAAUCCUGCUUGGUACCAAUUUAUAACGUCUACGUUCUGUCAUUUCAACUGGAGCCAUCUAUCGAGCAAUCUGUUUUUCUUGUAUAUUUUUGGAAAACUUGUUGAAGAAGAAGAGGGGAACUUUGCUCUGUGGAUUUCCUAUAUUUUGACAGGUGCGGGGGCGAACCUUGUUUCUUGGUUGGUUCUUCCAAGAAAUGCUGUUUCCAUCGGGGCAUCAGGUGCUGUAUUUGGACUCUUUGCUGUUAGUGUCCUCGUGAAGAUGUCAUGGGACUGGAGAAAAAUCCUCGAAGUUCUUAUAUUGGGGCAAUUUGUGGUAGAAAAGGUUAUGGAAGCAGCCCAAGCUUCGGCGAGCUUAGGUGGAAGCUUCCGAGGAGGUGCGAUGCAGAACGUAAACCACAUCGCGCAUCUCUCUGGCGCCCUCAUCGGUGUUGUUCUAAUAUGGCUGCUCAGUAGUGUUCCAUCACCAACGGAUGAGAAAUAGGGCUUCAUUUUGUAAGGUGAAACUCACCACCGAGUUUUACUAUGAUUCCCUUCGCUGAAGGAUUGAUGAUGGUAGUUUGGUCACUGCAUUAUGCAAACUAAUAGCAAAGUAGCAUAGGUCAUUGAUGUAAUUUAUCUCACAUCAUUGUUCAUUACAUAAAAUACUGAAGGUGGUUUACAUUUAUCGUAUAAAUGAUUGAUUAAUUUUA